CCUUUGUCGUUCUUGGCUGUAACAACGGCAUCCCCCAGAUGACUCUUCCCUCAGAUCAUUCUCUCCACAUCUUUCUUAUCUCAUGGCAUCAUCAAAGGCUUCAAUAUCACUCGUAGGUUCAAUAAAUAGAUAUCCUAUUAUGCUAUUAAGUUCCUUUUUUUUUCUAAUUUCAAAUAGAUAAAGACUCUGAUUUUAAGGUGACAAUUGUGGUACUCAGACUUUCCUGUCAGAACAAAUUGGGUGCAAGGUUUUCUCUGAACAUCCCAUCAUGCAUCAAAUUGGGUGCAAGUUUUUCCUCUGUGGAAAAUGAUGUGAGGAGACUAGGAGCUUAUGGACAACUAGGAAGACUUUGACUAGAGACUUCCAUUCCAUGAUUGCCCACUCACCACUCAUGAAUCUGUUUUGAUUUGUUUUAAUGCCUGGUUGGUAGUAACAGUUGCUCCAUGGUAUCCACGCGUUCCCUGCAUUACGGUGUACCGCCGCUUUUGCUCUAUUGACGUGAAAGGCUUUGACAUUUUCCAAGUCUUUUCAAUUGCCCAGAAAUCUGCAGGAUUUCUUAAUGCUGUUUAUCUCCCCUUACCAAAGUUCAAGAAUUUUUAAAAGCAUUGCCGAAAUUUCCAGGAAGCUCGCCUCUUCUUUCUUUCUAACUCCGACGUGCCAAGCAAGAAAGAUUGUUUACACUCUCUGUCGGUCCUCCUUUUGUUUCCCACUUGCCCCAACUUCUUCGACAGGCUUGUAGAAGUCAAGUGGAAGGACAAAAUUAAUUUUCCCCCACUUUUUACCAACUUCUUCGACAGUCUACGUCCUCCAACAGAAUGGAAGCCCCUCUCCCUCUCCCAGUUCAUUCACAUAGGCGCGGUGGGGGCCAACCUCUUGGUUUUACCACGCGUCGUAGUCCUCCAGUCCAAGUCAACAGAUGGUCUUGCAGGGAAUCUAUGAAACCACAGACUCUCAGCAAUCAGGGCAGGGGAAUGAGAUCCCUUCAAGAAAAAGGGCCGUGGUAUAAGAGGGCUGGUUGUUGUUAGUGUGUUGUGCUGCAAAGCUCGUGGUGUUACUUACUAUGGCUCUUUCCUUUUCCUGCCUCAUAAUCCCCUUCAUCUUCCUUGUUUUCCCCAAUCUUUCUUGCUCGUCCCCAUCGAAUCCAAAGAGUCUACCAUGCGGCAGUCCUUCCUCUGUAGGAAUAAGGUCUCCUUUCUGCACAAACACCACCACUUCUGAAUGCGGAGGGCAUCAUAAGGUCUCCUGUAAUGGCUCCACACCUAUCAUUCAAUUUCAUGGGCAUGAGCACUGGUACGUCUUAGAAAUAAUUGACUACGCUCAAAAUUUUACCAUAAUUCAAGACCAAGAGUUCGGCAAUGGCUUGCAGAUACCAGACUGCAAUUUACGUUAUGAUUUUGAUCCUCCAGUUCAUCUAUCUGAGAAUUUGUUCCUUCCUCAGUCUGUCGGCCAGAACCAAUCAUUCUUCAAUUGCAACCUGAGUGAUUAUAAUUGUUCUACCGACAUCUUCCACGAAAUCUAUAAUCGUAGUCUUUGCACAGAGUACCAGCUUUACUUUUCCAAUAGAUUAGAGGAUGAAGAACCUCAUCAUGCAGCGUGCUGGGCCAGUCCCAGCCCAUUGUUCAAAUGGAAGCUAUCAUUCGGGGAAGAUCGUGAUAACCUUUCCCUAUCAUCUGCCAUUUACUCGCAUCAACAGGACAUGAGUUCGGGAUGCUUCAAACAUGACAUUGGAGGAGAUUCCACGUGCCUAUGCAACAACGAAUGUCAAAGUUUAACAGCAGGGGUUGGAGGCUGCUUCUUGAUAUCUGUGAUGUUCAUUCCCAAUCUUCACCAGUGUAGACAUCUGAUUUGGAAAAAGCCUAACAAAGCACACGAUCUCGAAGCGGUUUUAGAGAAAUAUGGCCCCCUUGCUCCAAAAAGAUACAGGUACACAGAUAUGAAGAAAAUAACCAAAAAUUUUCAUGUCCAACUAGGCCAAGGUGGUUAUGGCACUGUAUUCAAAGGUAGUCUCGAUAAUGGUCGUUUGGUGGCUGUCAAGAUCUUAAGUGAUUCUAAAGGCAAUGGGGAGGAAUUUGUCAAUGAGGUUGCAAGCAUUGGUAGGACCUCUCAUGUGAACAUUGUCGGUCUUCUAGGCUUUUGCUUAGAGGGGUCCAAAAGAGCUUUGAUUUAUGAGUUCAUGCCCAAUGGAUCGCUUGAGAAGUACAUUUAUUCCAAGAAACUAACAACUCUUGGGUUGGAAAAACUGCAUCAGAUUGCAAUUGGCAUUGCCCGAGGCUUAGAGUACCUGCAUCGUGGGUGCAGCACACGUAUAGUACAUUUUGAUAUUAAACCACAUAACAUCCUAUUAGACAAUGAAUUUUGUCCCAAGAUAUCUGAUUUUGGAUUGGCUAAGUUAUGCCCAGCAAAAGAUAGUAUACUUUCUAUGGCAGAUGCUAGAGGAACAAUUGGUUAUAUUGCCCCAGAAGUGUUCUCCAGGAAUUUUGGAGUUGUCUCUAGUAAAUCAGAUGUGUAUAGCUAUGGAAUGAUGGUAUUAGAAAUGGUGGGAGGAAGAAAGAACAUGGAUGCUGGAGUUGGGAACACGAGUGAAACUUAUUUUCCACACUGGAUUUAUGAGCGUCUGAGCCAAGAUGGAGAUUUACAAGCUUUUGGAGUGACAAGUGAAACGGAAGAAAUUGCAAGGAAGAUAAUUUUAGUUGGUUUAUGGUGCAUACAAACAAUGCCAGGAAAUCGUCCCUCAAUGAGCAAGGUGUUAGAUAUGCUGCAGGGAAGUGUCAAUGAUUUGCAAAUGCCUCCAAAGCCAAAUACAUUUUCUCCUUCAGAAUCAUUUGUUGCCUCUUCAUCAAAACUAACUGCAUGAGAUGGUAAAAUGGAUUCUUUGGACCCGUUAGAUCAAUUACACACUGCUGGGGUCUUGAAUUGUUUAAAGAAAGGGAUAUGUAAGUUUUACUGAAACGAUCAUUUUUUUUUCAGAAAAAGCCUGGUCAUGUUCAGAUGUGCUUCCCUAUCUGUAACCAAAGAGUCAGGCACUGCAUUCCCUCUCUCAUUGGCAGACAACAUUGGCAUUGUGCAAAGCUUUAAACCAGCUGAUAUUGCAAAUCAGUUAAUCAACUAGCGAGGCAAGUCAGAAUGAAUAGAUCAAUACUUAGGAUGCUGAAAUAUUGUAUUCAGUCCCAGAUAUCAGCCAUAACUGCAUCAAGAAGACCUUCAGGGAAGUCCUCAUGAGUCCAUGGAAUCUCAGCAUUUGUAGAACAAGCAUACCCAGCCACCAACUCUGCAGCCUGGUUCCCCUAUUUAAGCAUGGGAGAGGCCUUCCAAUCUGAGUGGGUUGGGAGUAAACACUGGUUACCAGCUGCUAAGGGUGGCCGCAUGUUGGUGAAGGACGGGUGCAGACCCAGCAGCUAGAAGUCUUCCAGUGUAAAUCCCUUGCAACAUAUCCACUACCAGCAGCUCCAUUCAUGCGCAGAACCAUCAAAAUUCACAUUCACAUCCUCCGGGUGAGUUGUGAUCUUCACAUGCUGUUUACGUGCCUAACUACAAAUAGGGAAAUCACAAUGGCUAUUUCUGUUUGUAAUCUAUUAUGGCAAUUGAUUUUAUUUUGUUUAUAAAAAAAAAUUUGAUAAGUAUAUAUGCAUUUGGGGUUAC